GUUUACCUUGGAUGGAAACAUUUCAAGGAACAGGAGCAAGCUUACACACUUGUGCCUCUGGUCAAAGGAGGAGGAAGUCGAGUGGUAGCAAUGCCAUUAACUAGUUGUAAGACGGACAUAUACCAAACUUGUAAAAAUUUUUUUUUCCCUGAGGGGAAUUCUAUAUUUGGAAAUGAGGAUAAUAUGCUGUUUAGUCUGACUAACUUUAAAGGUGAGAAGGUUGAAGAAUCUAUUAAAGUUGGAAGAGAAUAUAUACCAUUUAACUUGUGUAACUACAUGGAAGCACACAAAAUUAGAACUGUUAGACUGUAUUUACAAUCCAGGAAGAUUGAUGGCAGUGAUGAUGACGAUGAUCUCUUAUCCAGUGCAUUUGAUCAUGACCUCAAUCAAGAAGGCUCACUGAUUGGCCCCUACCUUGAGAGGCAGUCUCUUGUGUCCCGUAAUCAAGAAAGCUCUCUGAUUAACUCCACCCUGGAUAUGCAGUCUCUUGUGUCCCCAAAUCAAGAAAGCUCACUGAUUGGCUCCACCCUCGAGAGGCAGUCUCUUGCAUCAGAACAAGACAAUUAAGGAGUAUCAAGAGUCGCUGAAAGCAGAUGAAAGAAAAGCUGCCUCACGUGAAAGAGAGAACGAAGAAUCAAAGCGCAAAAAGAGAAUUCAGAAUGCUAGAGCAGAUAGAGUGGUUCCCGAGCCUGAUGAUGAGUUUGUAACUGUCAAGGUCAGGCAUAUCACAAUGGGUUUGCAAUCUAGAAAGUUUCCAAAAACCUCUCGCAUGGCAGCUGUGUGUGACUGGGCUGGUUCCCUCAGCCCAGAUCCAGAGAACUUUACAAUCUAUCAUUUGCGGGUGGUGCAAAAACCAAGUGAAGAAUUAUCUGACAGGUGUACCUAUUUAAUGGUUGAAGAAGAGCAUGGAACCCCAGGACUGUUAGAAUCGGAUGAUGAAGUGCAGUUUUGGGGAUUUGGAACUGUUAGUAAAAACAAUAACGAGCCCCUGCCUGAGUAAGUAUUAAUGUAUCAUAGUUAUACCUGCAUGUAUUUUUAGUAAUCUGGCUUAAAAACAUAAAAAAGAACCGUGGUCAUGUUCGCGCCGAAUUAAAUUCAAGUAAAGUAUAUUUCAGAAUUUUUAAUUAAGCAGGCAGUAUAUUUCAAGACAUAUCACAUGAUUGUAUAUCUCCCGGCUUCACCAUUCAUAUAUACAGAUUACAGAAUGCAAUGCAUGGAUUGUAUUGAGAUCAGUCAAGCUAGCAACAUGAUUUUCUCGAUUUAGUAAAAUAUUGCUAUAAAUUUCAAGGUUGUUUUUGUACUGUGUAUAGUUUCAUGAUAAUGAAAUUUAUUUUCAAUAGCUUAGUGCACAAUAAAGUUAAAGUUUAUGUAAAUCAAGUAGAAUCUUUAUCACAUAUAAUUUAUUUUUGAGCAAUCUGAUUGGCCAAUGAAACAGGAAGUUAGCAACUUUUUAAGGAACUUAUAAAAUUGUUGAGGAAUUAACCUACAUGGCAGGCCCUCAGAGGAUUCCUCCCCCGUGCCCGCCAGAAUCCUGCCCGUUGCAAAUCAGGCCCCCAUAAUACUGAGGGCCUGCCACGCAGGCUAUUGAGGAAUUGUACAGAGGUGUUCCUUCAAGUUAGGAAAUGAAUUGGUCAACAUUUUUCGGAACGCUUCUAUUGGCACAAUCCAUAGAUAUCUUAUAUACACUAGAUAGCGCAUCUCUUUUAGUAAAAUUGAAGCCAAGAAUAUUCCAGCGGUUACCCCCAUUUGAAUAUAUGGCGGCCAUGUUGGUCGUUCCCACUUGCUAAGAAACGCUUAAAAACAACAAUAACUUUCAUCAUUUGAAUAGUUUAAAAAUGUAUUUGGAAUAGGGUUAACUUUAAUGUUUAAGUUCCCUGUUUAUGAAAUAGAAAACAUACCAAUCUUCUCAUUUCAUGGGAACGACCUGAGACUGCAAUCACGGCUUCAAUUUUUGAAUUGCAGAAUAAUUAGAUGCACUAUCUAGUGUAUGUAAGAUAUCUAUGGCACAAUCUCGUUCCCAGAGUAUGCCUGUUCGCGGGUUAAGUAGUGGCAUGAUUACAUAACCCGCGAACAGGCAUACUCUGGGAACGAGAUUGCUAUUGGCACGACUGUAAUGAGUUUUUGAAGUAUAAGGGUGAGCUACGUUUAGUAAGAUUCUUCUAUCCUAAUAGCUAGUGACUUUUAAAAUGGGAAGCGAGAUUGUUAAUAAUAAAGUGUUGAUGUAAUAAAACCAUGUUUAAUUUGGCGACUCAGGAGAUAUCAUUAAUUUUGCCUUAUUUUCACCGAUCACAGCCUCGCAAACUUUAGCCCUAUAUUUUAUAACUCCUUUGAUUUUCUAUUAAAAUUGCUUAAUUAAAGAGGUAGUGUUGAGCUUUGGUUUCAGCGUUUGUACUUGUUGCAUGUUUCAAACAUUAGAUGAAUCAGAGGAAGCAGUGGUAAGGGUAACAGGAAGGAAUUAACAACAUAUUUCUAAAGACAUUUUUAGUUUGAAUUACCCAGAGGAUGAAGAUGUACAGGAAGUGGACAGCUGCUUAGACCAUUAUUAUGCCUUCAUUCUGAACGAUAGUGAUUCAACUGCCCUUUGUUGUGAAGAACAGGACAGCAUCACAUUUAAUGGUGACAAUAAUGAGAUUUUUCGCGACUACAAAACAACAGCAGAAGACGUUCGUGCACAACCUGGUGUCCCAAAGAAAGAACUACGCGAACUUCUUGACGGUUUGGCAAAGGAAAUCGCCUACACAUCCAUAUCUAAAUUCAACAUUUCUCGAAGUUUUGUAUGGGAAGGAGCGGAAAGAGCACUAACGCGAAAGUCAUUUUGUGCAAAAAACAAGAUGUCUGUAAAAUUUACAGAUGACAUCGGCAACAGCGAGGGAGCCGUUGACUUGGGUGGACCUAUGAAGGAAUUCUUCACACUAGUUUUGCAGUGGAUGGUCACUUCCCAGUUAUUUUGUGGCCCUGAACAUCACAAAUACAUCUCUUUCCAAUCCACUUGCCUCGAAGGUAACGAUUAUUUUUUUGCUGGUACCCUCAUAGCAAUGUCCUUAGUGCAUGGUGGCGCUGGACCGCAGUGUUUUGCCCAUAACAUGUUUGAAGCUCUUCACCGCGUUCCUGACAAAGUUGCCAUUACAAUUGAAGAUGUGUAUGACAGGGAAUUACAGUCAUCACUUGAAAAGCUAAGUAAUUCGGUUAGUAAAGAAGAGGCGGUCCAAGUUAUGAAUGGUGUAAAGAAGAGGCGGUCCAAGUCACUUUGCAGGGCGUUCUUGAUCUUGCUGGGAUGCUUCAACCGACCCAGACAACAGACGACAUAAGGAAGAUUGCCGAAAUGACAGCAAAGUGGUUUGUCCUUGGACGUGCCCGACCAGCAUUGGAAAGUUUCCUAAAUGGUUUGUCAACGCUUGGGGUCCUUGAUGCACUCACACACAAUCCUGAUGUUUUUCGUCCAGCGUUUUGCUAUUAUCCCGAAAAGCUUACAGCUGAAAGCACUGAAAACCUGUUCCAGGUGUUCCAAAGUCCAGUUGGAUCAAACAAAGCAGUAACAGAAAGCUUGGUUCUAUCACGAUGGCAUGAUUAUCUACAGGAUAUUGAAGAAGGUGAAGAUUCCCUUACCUUCAAUGACAUUUUGUUCUUUUCAACAGCAUGUAAAGUCCUUCCCGCUCGGAAGAUUUAUCCCACCAUUCAAUUUCUACAUCAUCCUGAAGCAUGUGGUGAAAAGUCGAGGUUCCCCAAGGCAAACACAUGCUCAAAUAUAUUAUAUCUUCCUGUAGUGCACACUACAUAUGAAGCCUGA